AUGGGUAAACCCAGACUGCCAGAGCGACUCAAGCCACAUCGGCCCCUCUCCACAGUAGUCGAGGAGAACGAAAAUGAGGACGAGAGCGAAGUUCAGAGGGAUAUGAGUGGAAAUGGCCACGGACACAAAGCGAAUGAGACGGGAAAGGGCAAGAAGAGAGAUGUCGACACCAACACCAACACCAACAUUAAAACUGAAUAUGAAGAUGACGGCGAAGCUCUCCCCAUUGAAAUUGACGUUCAUGGCCUCAAAGCAAAGGUUUACGCCAACUGUUCCGAUGUCGAUAUCGUUCCUGCGCGGUACCUUGAAAAGGCGGAUCGCUCGCCCCUCUUAAAACGCACACCGUGGAUCUUCCGCACAGCGCGCGACGGCCGCACCGUAAACCUAGGCAAAUGGUCGAAAGUGGACAUUCGAUACCGCGGCGUCUUCAAGACACUUAGGAAGGUACCACAGUUUACGAAAGGGCUUUUUGAGGAUGAUACCACGGGAGACCUCUCAAAUGUGACAUCGUCGUCGUCGCCAUUUUCAAAGAAGGAUAAAUUCGACUUUGAAGAGGCGGCCAAGGCGCAGGGGCAAGUAGUUUAUGCGCUUCUCGACGAGAUCUUGGUUGCGUUGAAGAUUCGGAGGGAUGCGGGGGGAUUAAAGGAGUAUUUCUUUCUGCGUCCACGACUUCUCAACUGCCAACCAGAGUACUGGACCGGCUAUCGCAUCAAGCACAGAGACUCACCAUUCACAGCCGGGUCUUUAUCACUAGACUAUGAGCCCGAGCGCAGAAUCGCUCGUGCCGUCGUCCCAGUGUUUACUUCCCGUGGACAGCCCCUAACCGAAGCCCUAGAAGACUCGUUCAAGCUGCUCCUGGCCCAACUCCUCGUCCACAUCCACCGCCUCUCCCCACCAGGCGACAAACUCCCAGACCAAGAAACCUUCCUGAUAACACUGCACGGCUCGAGACUACAUAUCCUACGCGGUGUCUUCCCAGGACAGAAGACUUCAAGGCUGUGGUGUGGACGUCACAACCCACCACCCACGACCACGAACCCCAUGACAAUGACACCGGCCAGCCCCAGCACCCUAACGCCAAAUCACCACAACGUCAAUAUCAACAACGGAACCGACCCUGAACAUGGACUAUCCCACAGCCACAUAACCAACAUUACCUCACGCUUCUACACAAAACUCAACCUGCAGCGCUUCAUGGAGCAGAUCGAAUGGAACCAGCUUUCAAACCCCGAGAACGAGGCGAGUCCACGCGGAUUCCAGAUCCUAGCUAGCCGGGAGUACGAUCUCUGGAAGAAGGAUGAGUUCUUUGCCGCGGUUAGGCUUCUCGCUGCGCUGGCAAUGUAUCUUAUGAGUGGGACGGCGAGGUGUGGAAUCUUGCAGGAUGUUUUUGCGCGGUGGCCCUACGAUGAGGGGGAUGAGGAUGAAGAUGAUCUUGGGGGUGGGUGUGGGGGUAGUGGCUGGGCGGGGAGGAUGGAGGAAGAGGAACAGAGGAUCGUGGAGGAGCAGGAGAAGUUGCUUAGAGAGGAGGAAAGGAGGAAGGCCGAGGAGGAUAGGAAGAGGGUUAGGGAGCGGGAGGCGAUGAGGGAAUCUGGGAGGGAUCGUAUUGCGGGGAUUGGGGCUGGGGGUGGGUUUCGUCAGCCAUGGUGGGAUUGGGUUUGGGAGGACAAAACUAAUGAGGGUCGUGUGAAGAAUGAUGAUAGUGAUGUUAUUUUCCGGGGGCCUUGA